UGCAAAGGUCCUAUGCAUAAUUAACCCUUGAUAAUUAUUAUUAUUUAUAAUUUUCCAAUUUCCCUCCUUGUUUUCAGGAGGAAAUUCUUCCUCUUGUUUUCUUCCCCAAAUUUCAUUUCUUUUCCUCUCCCCGAAGCUCAACGCCCCCAUCGCAGCUCGUCUGCGAUGUGGUGUCGUUUGCCUGUACCCUUUCUCUUCUCCUCCCACUGAUCUCAUGCGACAGCCUGCAUGAAUAUUUCCCACUUUGUUAUCUCGAUUGUUAUUUCCUGUCAACACCCAUCGAUAUUGGGUAUCUUGGUUUCCUCUUUAUUCAAUUAUACACAUCGCCAUUUCCCCGAGAGAUGGUUGCAGCAGCUUCCGCAGCCGAGAAGGACGCCGCAUUGGGUCCCGCGCUCGCGACGAAUGGCUCUUUCACAUUCCAGCUCGCCGACAUUGCCCAUGAUGAGGCUUCUCUGGGUUUUAAAGAAAUGUGGCCGCAGAAGGGAUUCGUGCGGUGGAAUACAAUUGGCCAUUGCGGGCAGGAGGCAGAGCCGUCCCUGCAUGGGGUGCUCAAAGAGCACAUUGCAAAUUUCAGGAGAGCCCUCGAGCUUCCUCCUUUUAAUGACUCUGUGUCGUUGCAUGAGUUUUUGAGGAACACUUUGGAGGAUCUCCUGCGAACGUAUCCCAAGUGUGGGUCAUGCAUUCAGAUCUCUGAAGUCAAUCACGGAUCUACACAUCAGGUACUGUUCUAUUUUUACAAGGCCCUUAAGUCUGUUGGAGAUUUAUGGGCACAAAACCACUCUCAGAAUUUUGCAAUCGAGAAGGAUGUAUACUUGGAAACUUUGAGCUUUCACAAACUAGUUGAGAAAGUGCUUGAAAGGCUUAAUUACAUGAGUUCACGAGCAAAGGAGAUGUUUGAUCUCAUGGAUAAUCACCAGGGAAAGUACUCCAGCUUUGGUUCUCCUCUCACCCCAACUUCGGUUCUUCCACCAUCAUCAGGGCGCCAUUCAAAUCCUAAAGAACUUUCGGUUUCAACAUGCUUAUCAUCUCAUAUCCAGCCUAUGAGACUUCAAGCCCUGGCAAAGUUGAAGCCAUUGGAUAUGAAGCGACUAUCUUUCCGAAUGUUACCUCUCAUUGUGGAUCAAAAAUCCAUUCCCAUGCAUCAAAAGCAUAAAAUCGAUGGUGAGCAGAAACUAGAUCCUGUACAAUCAGUAACAGUGGAGUCAAAUGCAGAUACUAAGAGCGAUCCUGAAAGUAGAUCUUAUGAAGUUACAGCGCUCACGCAUUCAUCUCCAAAUACUCAUCAAGAAACAAGUAUGGAAUCGAUGCCACAUGACACGAACAAACAUGAUAUCAUAAGUGGUGAUAUAAAUAGACCUUCUGAAGCUACAAUACUAAUUGCACCACCAACUAUCCCCUUAAUGCACCUGAGAGCUCCAAGCCAUCAGUCUGAAACCCCUACACCUCCUUCAACUCCCAUGGUGUUGCAAGGAGUAUACAUGCCAUUUUUCGAUUCCUCAAUGAACAUGGAGCCAGUUGCAUAUGCCAUGACAAUAGAUAAUUUUCAAGAUUAUUUCAUGAAUGACAUGGAUACUGAAAAUAAUUGUAAACCUUCUGAAGCUAGCUUAUCUGCAACUCCACCACCUACCCCUACCCCAGAGUUGAGAGAACCACCAACACCAAAAUCUCCAAUUCCUCCACCACCUCCACCACCAUCACAGAGCAAGUUGGCACCAAUGCCUCCACCACUCCCACCACCUAUAAAAUCAGGAUCGCCAUCACAGCUGCCAUUGCCAUCUCCAGGCAUCGGGAGCCCGGCACCGCCGCGAUUGCCACCCAACAUGGCAUCCGCACCACCGGUAAAAUCAGGGUCUGGCCCACCACCGCCUUUGCCACCGGGAGUCGCGAGAUCAGGGGGCCCGCCACCUCCACCGGGGAUGAAAGCACUACAUUCGAAGAAAGAUACGAAACUGAAAAGAUCGAAACAGAUGGGUAAUUUGUAUAGACUUCUCAAAGGGAAGGUAGAAGGUUCUAGUUUGAAUGGGAGAACGUCUCAUCGGAAAAAGACUGGGAGCAACUCUGGUGGAAAUAGCGGCCAGGGAAUGGCUGAUGCAUUAGCAGAGAUAACAAAGAGAUCAUCCUAUUUUCAACAAAUUGAAGAAGAUGUUAAGAACCAUUCUGCAGCUAUUUUAGAGUUGAAAUCUUCUAUUGGUUCUUUUCGCACUAAGGACAUGACUGACCUGACCAAAUUCCACAAGCAAGUUGAGCUGCAUCUUGAAAAGCUGACAGAUGAAUCACAGGUAUUAGCUAGAUUUGAAGAGUUCCCUACAAAGAAGUUGGAGACUAUAAGGAUGGCUGUUGCAUUGUACUCGAAGCUGGAGGCAAUAGCUACAACUCUGAAGAGCUGGAAGGUGGUGAGCCCUGUUGCUCAGCAGCUUGAAAAAAUUGAAUCUUACUUUAACAAGAUCAAGGAAGAAGUGGAUGCUACAGACCGUAACAAAGACGAAGAAUCCAAGAGAUUCAAAAGCCACAACAUUGAACUUGACUUCAGCGUCCUUUUGCGCAUCAAGGAAUCUAUGGUUGAUGUAUCAUCUAACUGCAUAGAAGUGGCACUCAAGGAGAGCAAGGAAGCAAGGGAAGCAGCUAAGGAGGUAAAGUCAAAAUCUGGUAGCCCUUCAAAAAUGCUAUGGAGGGCAUUUCAACUGGCAUUCCGAGUUUAUAAUUUUGCUGGAGGCCAGGAUGAGCGAGCAGAUCGUCUAACAAGUGAAUUGGCUACUGAAAUAGAGACCCAUCCUCAAAUCUAGCGCUUGUGUUCUAGUGAUUUCCUAUUAAAGAGUAUCCACAAACAUAAUUACAUUAUAUGAAGAAAUUUUACCAUUUAACUGUCACAGUCCUUGGUUAACCAAGACCAAUAUCUGUUUUUGUGUUAUUUCCAAUUCUAAGCUCUCUUUCGAAAACUCUCCUGCCUAUUGUUUGUCUAUAUAGCCUCAGUGUUAUUGUUGUAUCAUUUUCUUUAUUUAUUUGGCUAAUAUAUUUACUUGUAUUCUGCA